GAUAUCCUCUGACCCGUGUACCAGACCCCGCCAGCGUCCCUCAGGCACCACAAUGUUAGGCCCAUUGAAUAUGUUUUUGCGAAGGUAGCUAAUCUUCGUGUAGCGCAGUUACCGCAGCAGGCUCCUCUUGCCCAGCUUACGGAGCAGCAGUCUGCGAAUGAUGAGACUCUGAGAGCUCAACAACUCACGCCGACGGCGGUACCACAACCCGCCCAAGGGCCUGCGGGCGACGCGACGACGCAUACAAACCACGAGCGGCCACACAGUUCCAUGGCUGGACAGCCGCAGCCUGAUCCUGCGGCCAUGAGCACCGUUGCAAACCCCUAUGCUCCCUACCUCGCUAUCAACCAGACUGCGCCCCUUGGUGCUACCACGACGCUCUACGUACCGCCUGCAUACGCUCAGAGAACAGGUAGCUCGCAGUCCAUCCCUUACCAGCCUCCGGCGGGGCCGGUCCCGCAAGCAACUGCGAGUGCACUAUCCGUACCACCAGCAGGCCGACAGGCGAUAAUCGCUCCGCCAGUCAAAGCCCCCCGCCAGCGGAAGCGGGCAGUCAAGACGAGCGAGUUUAUCAACGAGGAUGAGACACCGAAUGGAGAGUCGAUUUCCCAGGGGCCUAUCGGAGGGCAGGAGCAAGCGGAACAGGCUAAUAAAGAGAACGGUGUCGUCGCGGGUGAGGCAUCAUCGUCGCAGACACAGAGGAAGCGGCCUCAAGACACCGUGAAGGUAUCUGACUACAUCAAGCUGCAUGUGA